GAAACCGAGUACUGAGCGGAGAUCAGCACUAGAAACCGAGUGGUGGGCGGAGUUCGGCACUGGAAAACGAGUGCCGAGACAAGUUUAGGUCUGGAAUUCCAGUGCUGACGGGUCUUUAGCACUCGAACAAAGCCGUUCCGCACUGGAAUUCUUGUGCUGAAGUUUCUUCCGCACUGGGCCCCGAGUGCCGACGACAUUUUCUCCACGAAUUCCGCACUGGGCGCCCAGUGCGGAACCCGUGACUUCGUACUCCAGGACCUGUCCGACUACUUCCUGUGACAAGGACUUGUAACCUUCGCUUAAGUGACCUCGGCUCAAGAUCCAGAACAAUGCCCAAGGCAUUGUUAUUUUCCGGUCAGGGUGUCUGGCCGUGGCGAUCGCGACUUCUGCUGUGCCUGUUGGUCUGUCAGGGAGGUUUGCAUGCAGUUGCAGGACCUUUGGAAAAACAGUGCACUGAAGACGGCAAGGAUACACAACAGACAGGCUGCACGGCUAUUCCUCGUCUUCACUUCGCCGGGAGAUUCCUUGCCGACUUACCAACCCUCAACAAUGAACCCGACAACUUCAACAUCGACACGUUCGUCUUUCACAAAGAUCCGGGCUACAACGAGAUGGGAAGUGGCGACUUCCGAUUGGUCAACUGCAGCGUGACGCGAGUCUGCCUAACUGACGGGUCCUGCGUUGAGGAUGAUCCCAUUGUUGGACAGCCAAUCAUCAGGUCUGCAGGCAAAUUGGUCGACCAUGACCCGGAAAACCAGUUUCAACCUGUCCUCUGGGGGUUGGCCAUUGGCGUGAACGGGUUUUUCAGGGGAGACCUAGUGGCUCGUCCGGCGCAGCACUUCCAUGACGCCUGCGGAGGAGACUUGUGCCACGAGGAUGAAUAUGAGGGAGACGCAGACUCGGCAAUGCUCGUCUCAACCCUUCAGAACGUGGCGUGGGAGGAGAACCAAUCCACAUUCAUGAGCCAAGUAAGGUCUCUCCGAUGCAAGACCAACUUCACCUUCCAUGUCAAGAUGACGCUUUACAACUACAGGGGUGAGUCAGAAAGUGACGCCUUUCCCUAUGGUCGGGUGAUUGGUACAAUUUUUGCCAUCGCGUCAGAAAACCCGCUUCCGCUAGGCCCGUACAAAAGAAUGCUUUGGGGAGACGGGCGGCCGCCUCUGUUUCACGCACCAUUCUACGUGGACAAAUGCAGGAAAAGGAUUGUAUUGGACUUUUCGAAUAGUAUUAGAUCUGAUCUCUUCGGAAAGAUCGUGAAACCAUGGGGAGGGACAAUGUACCUACAUCAGUUCAACGGAACGUACACUCGCUGUAACGACUGGCAGAAGGACAGAAAAUUCACAAAAAAGAUCGAAUUCGGCGGAGAAGACUGGCGCAGGAAGACCUCGGUAAUGAUAGAAAUCGCCUUAGAUGACGACGAACUCAAGACAGUAGAGGAUCUCCCAUAUGCAGUAGUGAUGACUAAUGAGGACCUUAGGAAUCAAGAUAUUUGCAUAACGCUACUUGCGGAAAGACAAGACGGGUUACUCGCAAGCCCUGUAGACACGUUUACUUUCCGGAAGGAGCCUUACACCUCCUGGUCUAUGAAGUUCAGAGUCUUCAGUUUUGGAAAGUCUGCUACAGGAAGCGUCCUGAAGCCAACAAUGUACCACCCUAAGAACGACUCCAAAACGGUAACAGUCCAGGAGUGCAUAGCUAAUUCAAAUGGUAUUUGUGAUCUAAAGUUUAAGUCCCUCGAUCCUGGAAGGCCUCGAAAGCAAAACCAGCUUGAUGGACAGCUGUACAAGUACGUCAUACACGCGCAGAACUCAAGCGAAGAAGAAGCACUCGAAGUGAAAGAUCUGACCGUUUGUAUCGUUGUGUAUUCGGCGCACAACUACACUCCCGGUCGUGUCACGUGGUACAAUGACGUCUACCCGAUCUUCCAGCAGUACGCGAAUCUCUAUCCUGUCAUGAAGCCUAUCAUUAACCUGGCCAGCUACGAGGACGUCACGGCAAAACUUCGCUUGCUGGAGUACGCACUGACUCUCCCAGAAUCACACCCGAACCACAUGCCGAUCACUCGGGACCUGUCCCAGCCAAAACGAGACAUGAUACUGUCCUGGGUAAGGGACACAGGCGGCGGUAAACGCCUUCCUCCGGUAGGCACCGCACCGUACGGCGUUAAGGACCUGAAAAAGGCACUACAGACAGCCCUGGAACUAGAACUGGCUACGAUUCCUCCCUAUCUCACCGCCAUGUUCUCCAUAAAGGACGGGCAUAACGAUGAGAUAGUGACGAUCAUCAAAAACGUUGUCAUCGACGAGAUGAAGCAUUUAACCCUUGUGGCAAACCUACUGAACGCUAUUGGUGGAGAACCGGUGUUAAACAAGUCAUCAGUAGUACUGUCGUACCCAUCGCCUCUGCCAGGUGGCGCUAAUCCGGAGCUGACUGUCGCGCUUGCCAGAUGCUCCAAGAAUCAGAUCCGUUCCGUGUUUCAGGCGAUAGAAAGGCCUGAUUGUGAAAAGGAGUUUUCCAACAUAUAUCGAAGUCUCCGUAAACUCUCACAGAAUACUCUCUAUUAUGAUGACUUCGCACAAAACACCGAAGUUCAGGAAAUCUUGGAAAGUUGUAACAAACUAACGAAAAGGCCUCAAACUAUUGGAGCCAUGUACAUCCACGAGAUUCUCUGCCCAUUGGCGACACUUACAAAGAAGACUUCUGGUGGAAUAUUUAAAAAAGGUGACCCUAAGAAGCAAAUAUCAGAAGAAAACUGGCUUCGCGAACAUCCUCCGUUCAAAGUCAAUGACUUUAACUCGGCAAUGCGAGCAAUAGCAACCAUAGUGAUGGAGGGGGAAGGAGCCGACCCAUGCAACCCUCUAGACGAAUUCGGACAGCCCUCGCACUACUUCAAAUUUGCCGAAAUAUUGUACGGAAAACGGCUGGUCAGAAUGAAUGAUCCCCAAGCUCUGCUGGGCAAAUGCUCAGACAGGUUCAUUCCUUGUGAUGACGACAUGAAGUGUGACAAAAGCCCAGAAUUUGUCUUCGCAGGGCGACCACUGACGUUUUUUGAAGACGACGUCUGGCCGAUCAUUUCCAACCCACGGUCCGACAGGUACCGCCCAGGCUCGAGAGCUCGCAAGUUCUCUGACAGAUUCAACAAGAUCUUUACGGACAUUCUGAAAUGCCUCCACACGGCUUUUAACGGUGACCCGGCAAAAGUGAAAGAAUGCACAGGCAUGAUGCCGUCAUUGACCGUGUGGGCUAAGAAGCUGGUUCGGACUCCCAUUGACCCGGAAGGACAUCCGAACGACGGACCUAACGCCGCACCAAGCUUUGAGUUCUAUGAAGACUGAAAGGACAAGGACUAACACGUGCUGACCGCCAUGUUGUCGUCCUUGACCAAGAAUUGACCGAAGGUCACGCGCAAAAGGCUAUCUUAAACAAACUAUUGCUAAGGUUUUAUGUAUUCCUCUGGUAUUUUCUGCUGUACAUGUGAGCUAUGCACAAUGUGUUAUUUCCUUAUUUGUGAGGUCCGAACAUUUGUAGAUGUCCGCUUGAACUAGGAUUGACUAAAAUACUUUUGUUUAUGACCUUUAGUAAGGUUCAGUCAGAAGAAAAGGAACCAUAACUGUUAUUGUACAGUACUAGUCUCGGUGAUGUAGGUCAAGGAACAGAAUGUCGGAGAUAUCACAAGCUAAAAGACUUAUUACGGCACUGAUACUAUAGUAUAAUGUCAUCCUGUGUAUAAGUCACUAACAAUGGUUUAUGCUGCAAAAUCAAACUGCGGCAGAUAAUAUAU